ACGCCCCGGCGGCCCAGCCCAGGCUCUGCGCCCCUCCGAGCUCGCGGCGAAGCGCGGACACCGCGGCUCCGCCGCCGCCACUCCCCCCACAUUCCAGAGGCCGCAGCGCCGUCUCCUUCCUCGCAUUCCUGCCCCCACAAAGGAGUCCCUCCGCCCCCCGCUCAGCCGCAGGGAGGAGGGGACGCGGCCCGGCGCCUCCGAGCGCACAUUCCUCCGCUGCGCGCACCACCGAGCGGAGCGCCGCGGCCCCCGGACCGCGCGUGGCCCGCAGAGCGACCCCGGCCGGGCGCCGGCCCCGCCCCGCGCCCAGGGGUCCCGGGGCGGGCUCCGGGCUUCGGGCGGACGAUGCGGCGGCGCGGCCGGAGCGGCGGCGGGAAGCGGAGGCGGAGGUGACGCGCCGGGGCCGGCGGGCCGGGCCAUGCAGCGCUCCCGGGCGGCCGCGGACGAGGCGGCUCUGCUCCUGGCCGGGCUGGCCCUGCGGGAGCUGGAGCCGGGCUGCAACUCUCCGGGCCGGGGUCGGCGGGGGCCGCGGCCCGGGCCGGGAGACGAGGCGGCGCAGGCGUUGGGCCGCAGAGGGCAGGGCAGCGGCGGCGGCGGCCCCGAGGCCGGGGUGGACGGACUGAGCCGCGGGGAGCGAGGCCCGCGGCGCGCGGCGGCCCCCGAGCUCAGCGCGCAGCCGGCGGGCAGCCCGCGGGCUAGCCUGGCGGGCUCCGACGGAGGCGGCGGCGGCGGCGGCGGCAGCGGCAGCGCCCGCUCCAGCGGAAUCAGCCUGGGCUACGACCAGCGCCACGGCAGCCCGCGCUCGGGCCGCUCGGAUCCGCGCCCGGGCCCCGGGCCGCCGUCGGUGGGCAGCGCGCGCUCCAGCGUGUCCAGCCUCGGCUCCCGCGGCUCGGCCGGCGCCUACCCCGACCUGCUCCUGCCCGGCGCCUGCUCCGCGCCGGCUCGCUCCCCGGAGCCCGCCGGGCCGGCCCCUUUCGCUCUGCCUUCGCUCCAGCUGCCCCCGGGCCGGGAGGGCGCCCCGAGCUCGGCGGAGCGGCGGCUGGAGGCGCUGACCCGAGAGCUGGAGCGGGCGCUGGAGGCGCGCACGGCGCGGGACUACUUCGCCAUCUCUGUCUCCUCCCACUGGACUGACCCAGCUCUUGCUCAGCACCCUGGCGAUGCCCCAGCCUCAGCCCCAAACACCAGAGGGCAUUUGCCAGGUCUUGUUGGUCUGGAUCUUACUGCAUCCCAAAGGUGGAGUCAACUCUUCUCCGAAACAGUCUACUCCUUGGAUUUUGGAGGUAUUUGCAUCAAGUGUGGGCUUGGCAUCUAUGGAGCGAGGCAGGCGUGCCAGGCAAUGGGGAGCCUGUAUCACACCGAUUGCUUCACCUGCAACUCCUGUGGGAGACGACUUCGCGGGAAGGCGUUCUACAAUGUGGGUGAGAAAGUGUACUGCCAGGAGGACUUCCUGUACUCCGGGUUCCAGCAAACGGCUGACAAGUGUAGCGUGUGUGGACACCUCAUCAUGGAGAUGUGCCUCCCGCCCCCAGAUCCUUCAGGCCCUUGGGAAGUCCUACCACCCGGGCUGCUUCCGGUGCUCGGUGUGCAACGAGUGCCUGGACGGGGUGCCCUUCACUGUGGACGUGGAGAACAACAUCUACUGUGUCCGAGAUUAUCACACGGUUUUUGCACCAAAAUGUGCCUCCUGUGCCCGUCCUAUCCUCCCUGCACAGGGCUGCGAGACGACCGUCCGUGUGGUGUCCAUGGACAGAGACUACCACGUCGAGUGCUAUCACUGCGAGGACUGCGGGCUGCAGCUGAGCGGGGAGGAUGGACGCCGCUGCUACCCCCUGGAGGGCCACCUGCUGUGCCGCCGCUGCCACCUAAGGCGCCUCCGGCCAGGCCCACUUCCCUCACCUGCUGUGCACGUCACCGAGCUCUGAGCUGGGGGCGGGUAGCCCGACCCUGGGGGCGUGUCUGUGUGCGCGCGCGGGCGCGCACGCGCGUGUGUUUGUGUCUGCGUGCACACGCGCGCGUUUUUUCGCUCAGGAGCGCGUGUUAUCCUGCGCACGCACGUGUUUUUGCGCGAGUAUAUUUUUGCGCGCGCGCCGGCGAUGGGUGACCCAGGUCAGUGUCGGAGCUCUGUGUCAGGGUGGGCGCGGCUGCCGGCUCCCACCCCACCCCUACUCCCACCAGCCACCGAGCUGCUGUCCGAGGGGCCGGCCCCGCGGCGAAGCUACUAAUAUUUAUUCACCGUCUGUGCCUCCUCAAACGGCUUCCUUUCUUUCGGGCCCUGGCCGCCUCCCGCCCCCACCCCCUCACCCGCCUUCUGUUUCGGGACCCCCUGUGCCCCGUAGCCCCGGGGGCAGGCUCCCAGACCGGCUCUGGGUCACGGGGCUGAAGGUGGCCGUUGCCACGUGCAGGGGCGCGGGGUACACGGCCGCCGUCCUCCGACUGGCCUCGGGGCGGGAGCCAGUUUCCCUGUAUAGAAGGGGUCUGGGACCCCCUUCAAGAACGCUCCGGGGAGGCGGGGGUUGGCGGAGGGCACGCGUGUUUGUCUCAUAAGCGCCUGGCCCGCUGGUGGGUGGGAAGGGUUCGUUGUUUGGGAGGGGUCGCAGAAGAGGGUGAGGAAUGACACCCUUAGGGAGUGGGGCCUGUGAAGGAGCCCUCCCUUUGGCCAUUGUUGUCACUGCGGGUUUUGGCCACCGGGAUUCCGUUGGGCGUUUUCAGCCUUCAUCCCGCCCCGGUCUUCCCAUCCCUGGCUCCUCGUUCCCAAACCCUCCCGUCCUCGGCCUCGGGAAAAGAACACCUCGUGCAGAAUUCCAGCCACAGGUCUCGGUCGAGAGAGACCGCGAGGGGGCGCCCUGCCCGUUACAGGAAAGCACUGUGUAUCAGGCUCCACAACAAAAGCAUAUGAUUUGACUUAAAUUAAGUUUUUCCUUUGAGAAUAUUUUCAUUUUCUUUAAAAGAAUAUAGUUUUCUUCUAAAAA